CCGCCCGGGGACUCGCCCACCUGGACGAGCUCGAGAGUACGGCGCGCGACCAUUACGAGCGGUUUCCAAUCAGAGUGGAACCCAUUGACAGCGGAGGAGGAGAGGAAACCAUCGCUUUCGUGGAGGCGUAUUUCGCGGAGAGAAGCUACGCUACGGAGAUGUGGGAGAAAUGUGGGAAGAGAGGGUAUUGUUUGUACAGCGAGAAAGAGGCGAGGGGGUUAUGAGAUGACGAAAGAUCGGCCCCAAAACUUGAGCUUUCUGGAGCAGAUUCAGUUAUUUGUCUCUUCUUCUUCUAGUUCUCCCGGGAGGAGAGCUCGUGGAUGA